AUGCGCUGGCGCGGGGGACGGAGGAGGCGAGAGACAGGAGAACUUGCAGCUGUCGAGAGCGGAGAACGCAUGCAGAGGGACGAACGCAAGGGCGGAACUCGGUCACGCGAGAGCGUGACGGGCGAGGGCAACGUUGACAGAUGCGGCCGAGCGGAAGACAGCGGCUUUCCGACGAGGAAGGAAAAGGAGGAGAGAGAGGUGGAAGAAGCCCGACACGCGCUGUGGACGGUAGAGAGAGUUCGAGAAAUCAUCGACACGGUGGCGGACGCGACGAGACAUGAAGCUGCAAUUUCCGGCGCCUCCUCUUCGCUUUCUGAACCGAGCUCGCGGCCGCUAACCAACGUAUGCAGCCGUCGUCUGGAGACGCUUCUUCUUUCGCAUCUCAAGGAGACCUUCGAGGGCAGUUCUUCGCCUCGUUCCUCGCGCACGCCUUCGUCAUCUUUCUCCUCUGUCUCUGCGUCGUCCUCUGUCUCUUCUUCUUCCCCUUCUUCCUUCGUUCCUCCUUCUUACUAUACCUCCGGUUCCUAUAUUCCUCCUUUUUCAUCUGCCUCUUCUUCGGUCGCUUCUGUCUGGCUGCAGCAGACCGCCGAGGGCGGCGUCCGCGUCUCGGGCGAGGCGGCGAGCGCCAAAGAGAACUCGCGGCGGCAGCUGCGGGCGCUCACGCAGGAAGAAGACGCUGACCUGCGGCAGUUUCUCUGCAAAGGCCGCGGUGGCGAGCUUCUUCUCCGCCUCGCGCCGCUCGCGUCUCUCUCGCUGCCGGAGCUCGCCGAGCUGGCGCUGCAUGCGCGGAAAAACAGAGCGGGGCUGUUUCUCAGUCAGAGGAGCUUCUGGAAAUCGCUUGCAGCCUGCACCCUGAGGCAUCUCGAGUCCGCGCAGGCGCGCAGCCACGCCAGGAGCCCGGCUCAGGUGGCGCGGGAGGGAGGCGGGGAGCCUCGCCACGAAGGCCGCGGCGCGAGAGGAGACGAAGGCGGGAGCGUUUCGCAGACGAUGUGCGGCGCCGCCGAAGUCGCGGCGGGAGUCGAAGGAAGAGAGGGGGGUGGCGAUGCAUGCGUUUUGCCCUUUCAGUCUGCAGGCACUCCUACCGCCGCCCUGGCGCAGUCAGGCGAGGAGGUCGCAGCUACUUUAGGGAGUGAAGAGAGCGAGAAAUGGCCUGCGCGGCCGUGGAUCGAGGUGCUUCUCGCCUUCCUGCAGUUCCCUGCCGCGAGCAGAGAUCCUCGUUUUUUCCGUCUGGUUCUUGCGCAUCUUCGCGAACGCACCUUCUUCGCGUCGCUCGACGACAUCCUCCAUGCGGCGCAUCUCCUCGCGAAGCUCCGCGGUGCCAGAUGGAGCGCCGAGCAGGCGGCCGCGCCGCGAGAAAGCGAGCGAGAAGAGAGUGCACAGCUCCAGGCACCCAAAAAUGGCGAGCGCAGGAAGAGGACGGCUCGCCAGGCGGCUACGGAGCCCCGAGUGAGGGACGGACUCAGCGGCGACGCGUCUUUGGGCGCGGGGAGGACAGGCGCGGCUGCUGCCUCGCGCCUCUCGGAGCGACGCAGCGAAAAAGAAGACGUGAGGCUGCUAACGGCUGAGGCGCAUCGGCUGCUGGUGGCGCUUGGCCGCAGGAGUCUCUUGCGGCGAAAAGAGCUUCCGCUCUGCGUCUCCGCCGCGGUGCUGCAUGCGCACGCAGUCUGGCAGGCGGAGGCGAUCCGCGGCUCGACGCGCCUCGCAUGUUUCGCAGUACUGCCGCCUCUCUCCCCGAAUGCCGAUGCGGAGCUUGCUCUGAAAAGCCAAGUGACAGGUGACGCAGGAAAGACGCGAGGGGCGGAGAGCGAGAUCCCGCGGGCGGCGCCGACCCUCGAGCUGCGGCAGAAGGCCUCUCCGCACGCCGAGGAAACGAUUUGUCCCGCAGAGAAGACUGGCGCAGGAGAGCAGACAGAAAACGGGAGAGGGAGUCUCGAGGGCAGCGUGCGUCGGAGAUCUGAAGAAGACGUUGCGGCAGACAGCCACGAGGGAGAAGAAGAAGCGCAGCUGCAAAAACGAGCCGAAACGCCGGCGGCGCUGCGGCUGAGCGUGUUCGAGAGAGGCGCAGCGGCGCAGCAAUCCGAGAAGAAGGACCUCGCAGAAAAGAAGGAAGUGGCUUCCGCUUUCGAUGGAAACGCCUUCGCUGACCCCUUGAGCUCCCUCCUCGCCUUCACGCCGACUCUCUUUCACUGUAUUGGCGAGAAGGCCGCCUCGCAGAUCUCGCUUCAAAAUCAGAUAAGAGACUGCAGAGAACGUGACGAGGGCGGCAAACGCGGAAGACCGAGCAGGCGUAAAGACGAUCUGCGGUACACUGCCGUCAUUUUCGCUUCCUUCGCGAAGGCGCGCUGUCCCGUGCCACCCUCGCUUCUCGAGGCGCUCGACACCCGAUGGAGUGGCGAGAGAGAGGGAAAGGCUGCAGGCCGAGCGCGACUCCGAAAAGGCGACGAAGAAGACAAAGGCGCAGAAGCGCGCGGCGAAUCGCGUGAGAGGUGCGGACUGCGGAGAGGAGAAGGACGAAGACGCGCUUUCGAAGAUGCGCUGAGCGACGAAGAGGAAGGCGCCUCGUGGCGAGGGCAAGAGCGAGCCAGACGGCGCGUAGAAGGGGCGCGAAAGGAUAUCCGCGAACUGCGAGACGCUUCAGGCCACAGCGUGGUGCUGCUUCUCUCGGCUCUCGCGCAGAGCGAGGAAGGCCGAAGAAGCGCCGCGUUCGCGGUUUUAUCGAGAGCCAUGAAGACGCUCGCACCGCAGCUGAACGCGCAGCAGCUAGCCAUGGGCAUGCAUGCACUCUCCCUCGGUAGACCGCCAGGAGCCUCCAAGACCCCCAACGGCCUCCUCGCCAGGUUCCUCUUUGACCGCGGCCGCCUCCACAAGCUCUCUGGAUCCCACCUGCGACUCGUCCUGGUUGCGCUUGUUCGCUCGCCCCCCCCUCGCGGCGGCGUCUCGCCCGCCGUCGUCGACGCCGUCGCGCAGUUCGUUGAAGCCUCGCGGACGCCUCACAAGAUUCCGCUGGACUGUCUGACCGAGGCGCUGCGGUUCCAUGGCACGUUCGGAGUUUUCCACGCGGCCUUUCUCGCGCAACUCUGGAAGGGCCUGCAGCGACGCGGGGAAGAAAUCGAGAGCUUGGCUUCGGUCGCGCGCAGCCUCCACUCGCUGGCGAGGCUGCCGAGAGAUUUGACUCUCGCGCCUCAGGAGGGCAGUUUCCCUGCCGCUGCGGAGAGGCUCCCCGCGCAUCCGGUUGUCUCUGCAGAAGCGUCUGCGUUUUUUGAUUCGUCCCCUUCACCUGCGGUCGCCUCUUCGGGUCGCCGCGCGCCCGCGAGCCCAGACUCGCGGGACGCGUCCACCGCUUCUUUUCUUUCUUCUUCUUCUCCUUCUUCUCCUCGGCUUUCCGCUUAUUCGUCGGCUCUCUUUCUCGACGCCGCAGCGAAGGACAGGGAGGCGCUGGCAGAGUUUGCAGUAGCGCGAGAAGCUGUCGCGGUUUUCCUCCAAUCUCGAGCUGCGAAAAUCAUCUCCCAGCUCGCUUCGCUGGCGCUGGCCUCCGGUCCCCCUUUCGGCCGUGCACCUUCUUCUUCUUUUCCUUCAGCCGCGGUUUCGUCGGCGCUUUUCGGGCCUCGGGAUGCGUCUGCUCGCCCAGCGGAUGGCUCUUCUCUGUCCUUGUCUUCGGAGUUCGCGGCGCCGCGCCUAGGUGCCUGGCGCCACGUCCCUCGAGAGCUGGGAGAUCUGCUGCAGACACUGACGGAGCUGCUGCCGUCUGAAGCCGCUUUCCACGACAGACAAACUCGUCUGGUUUUCGCCACGCAGGCGAAUCGCGCCGACAAGGCUUCGAUUCAGUUUGUCCUCUCCCCGCCUCUCGUGUUUCUCUUCUUCCAGUCGCUUUCCACGUUCCUCCGCGAGCCGAGGGCGCUUGCCUUCUUCGCAUUCGAUUCAGCGAACCUCGAGCGCGUCUGGGGGAUUUCGCUCCAUCUUCUUUCUCGCCUCGCUGCUCAGAACGCUCCCAGCUCUCGCAGCGACACCACCGAAGACUCCGGGCGAGCUCGUUCGUUGCAUGUGGGGCGUCUCCCUUCCUCCUCUUCCUCCGCUUCCUCCUCUUCUUCGUCUUUUUCGUCUUCCCCUUCUGCAAAUGCGAGCGAACCUUCUCUCUCCUGUUCAGGGGCCGUUGCGGAGGCCGCAGCGAGUCUUCUUCGCGUGUAUCUCGCAAGCUCUACCGCCCCGUCGCCUCUCUCGUCUCCCUCUGACUCGCGCGUCUGCCUGGCCUCUGCGCCCCUCGCGCGCUUGCGGCUGCUUCCGAUUCUGCUCAGUCGUGCGUCCUCACCUUCAUCCUCUUCUUCGUCUUCCAGUUCUCCAGCUCUCUCGACUCCAGUGGCGUCUGCGGCUGCUGCGCUGCCCUCGCUGGCUUGUCGGCUUGCCUCUCCUUCUUCGGCUUCCGCGGAGCAUCGCUCGCGCCCUGCGCUCGACGAACCGCGCGCGGCGCCUUCGCGGUCGCGUGGAGAGGAAGAUACUGGGCAAGGAAACGCCGCCCUGCGGCAGCUCCGGCGAGGCACUGAGGCGCUUCUGAGGACGCCCCGGGCGCGAUCCGAGCGCGAGGGAAGUGAAGCGGCGCCGACGACGGCCUCCGCGCCAGCCAGCCUCCACGAGGCUGUUAAGCAAGUGCUGACCCUCGCGCGCACGGGCUGUCACUCGCCCUUCGUCGUCCUCGAGGCGCCCUCUUCGUCUAUCUUUUCUUCUCUCUCGUCUCCUCCAUCCUGCCCUUCGUCUCCGUCUUCCUCUGUACCGUCGUCGUCCGCCUCUCCGCUUUCGGAGCCUUCGGUCUCAGCGCACAUCGCGCACGCCUUGGCUUCUCGCGAGCGGCAAGUUCUCUUUGAGGCGUACGCGUCGGCGCUUCCUGCGCUGGUGGCGGCGCUGGCGCAGCCGCCUGCAGGCGCGGAGCUGAGCGAGACCGCGAAGGCGGAAGACAAAGGAAAGGAGAAGGAAAAAGCUGCGACGGCACUAGGCAGACGCGGAAGGAAGCGGGGAGCGCGGCAAGGGCGAGACCUAGACGCCGAGCUGUCGAGAGAAAACGCACACGCGAACGACGCCCCUCCAGCGCAGAGACAAGGUGGCAGCUACGCAGGUCUCUCGAAAGACCGCCUCGGCUUCCCAGCGCUCCUGGAGCUUCUCACCGGCGUUUUGGCGCUCUCGCUGCGCCGCCUCCUCGCAAGGCCGCAGUGUCUCCUUCCUGAGGCGGAAAGGGAACGAAGCCGCGAGCUGCAUGCGGGAGGAAACGUAGGCGACCCCCUGGGCGCAGAGGACAGAUCCGGAAAGGCCGCGCGCCUUCGACGCGAAGGAGAAAAAGACGCCGCACUGCAACAAACAGAAGCGUCUGGACGGCUGGGCGUCCGGCCCAAGACAGCGGAAGCCGCGAACGCGGAGGUCGAAAACGCCCUGGAGGAAGAGCGACGAGGAGCGGCGGGCGCUGAAGCCAAGGGAGAAGACGACGCCGACACAGAGCGAGAAGCUCUAUGUCGCCUCCUCUGUGCGCUGCAGACGACCAAACUGAGCGGCGAAGACGAAGAGCGAGCAGCGCCGCUUGCCGCCUUGCUCUCGCUCGUCCUCAACGGCCUGCAGUUCCUCCAGCCGGACCUCUGGGCUUUCUUCCGCCCGUCCCUGACGAGGCACCUGCGCGUGCUCCAGAAGCUGUCGAGAGAGGAAGGAACUGCUUUGGCUUUUCCCAGCCCCGCGUCCAGCGUGCUCGCCCCCCCGCGCUCGCUUCCUCUCCUUCUCUCGACUCCGCGCGUGGACGUUCUGUCGCCUGCUUUUUUCGCGCCGGCGCUGGUGGGCGGAGCCGCAUGCGCGUCGCCGUUUCCAGGCCUUCUUCCUGCGUCGGUCGGCGGCGACAGAACUGCUGAAUCACGUCCUCUGCCAAGAAAACAGAGUGCGCCAGCGCUCGGCGGCGCUGCGGCUCCGCAUCUAGAGCGGCUCGGGGGCCCUUUGACACGGCAGUCUCUUCAUGCAGAGUCAGAAAGAGCAGCGACGGCUGGAGAGGGGAAAGACGCGCCCGCAGCCUGCGAAAGGGACGCAGCGGCCGAGAGAAAUGCGCGCGAGAGAGACGAGAGGCAGCGGAAGAAGGACGCGCGAAGAUGGGCGCUGCCUUCCGCGAUCCAAACGGGAAAGACACGAGACGAGCCGACAGGCUUUUCUCUAUCCUUCCGCACGGAAGGAGGCGACGGAACGCCGGACGCCUGCAGGCGCGCAGAGGCUCGCGGCUCGUCCACACGCGUCUCUCUGAGAGACUCAGGCCGAACCUCGUGGGAGAUCCGCUGGACUCGCGAGCGAAGCGUGGCGGAGUCGGUUGCAGCCGCAGACGUUCUUUUCGAUGCCUUCGAGCGUCUGUCCGUGCGACAGAAUGCUUCUUCGAAACUGAGCGAAGGCAAAGUUGGCAUAGCGCCUUCGCCUCUCGCGCCGAACACGGGCUCGGAAUCCAGAGAAAAGAGACCUUGCUCGUAUCGCAGAAAUGCAUCUGACCAAGCAGGGGAGCCUGAAGCACGCGGAGGGUGUGCGCACAGGCUGGCUGUGGCAGCGCCGAUUCCUUUCACGGUGGAACUGGCGCCUGCCGGAGACGCGUACUCCGCAUUCGUCGAGGUCUGCAGCUGGCGGAGAGUAUAUGCAGGCGGAAGGCCAAUGCUUCGCGUAGACAUGCGCGUCAACCAAACAAGCGAGGAAACGAGGCACAUCUUGCUCAAAAGACCUACGAAAGCACGCGGUGAACGCCUCAGGAUCUACUUCUUCUUUCUCUCUCCGAUCGACUUCUUUCACCUGCCUCUCCUUCGGCUCGCUUCGGCUUCGGCUUGCGGCGCCUCCCCCCCCGCGUCCUCUGCAGCCGCGCGGAGCUCAGCCGCCCACGAGAGCGGCGACACGCCCUCGCAAGUCGAGUUCCUCAGCGAGCCCCGCGCGGAUGGCGGUCCCUCAGGGAUAAGGGAAUUCUCUUGCUCUGCAUCGCUGGUGCAUCCGCGUGUCUAUCUGGAGCUCUACGUCGCCGACAGCGUUCUGACGAACAGGAGUGCGCGUGCAGCGGGCUCUCGUUCUUCCAACGACUUGAGUGACUCGCCGUCCCGCGUCGUGCCGGUCUCCACGCGCGGCCUUCGUUCGUGGCUGCAGGGGGACGAAGGAGGAAUUCAAGCUUUCCUGAGUUCUGCGCUACGCCGGUGCACACGAGCGAAGGACGCACACUCCGCAGCAUGCAGAGAGACUCGCGUGCUCCCCGAUUCAUCUAUGUAA